GCAAAGAGAAGAGACAUUUACCGGUGUUCUGGAAAAUGGCGGCUAAGCACGUGGCAGUACUCUGCGCGUCGUAGCCGCGAGGCUUAACUUCGGCCGGGAGGUCCUAUGAUAGGAAAUCGGGAUGGCGUAGUAGGUGGAUUCCUUCUCUUAUUCUUCCUUCUUCUUCAUUCUCUGCCGGAGUGGGUGAAGCAAGAGAGAAAUUCUUCUUCGUGAUGUAAAUUGAGCGAUCCGUCUUUCUCUACGGCACGUUCCUUCAACCAACACGAGAAAAGGUGAUGCCGGAGGCCUUCUCUAGGAUAGCCCUUCAGAACCCUAUAAGUUUCUCGAAGACACCCGCCGACAUGGCACUAUUGCAAGAUGUCAAGACAGACGCUAGAAUCAUCCAAGCUCGCCCUAGUACAGAUUGCUCUCGAGUUCUCUUCGGUACCAACAAUAACAACUCGAAAGUAUUUUCAGAGUCCAACACUAGCUCCAACAUGAGUCACUCAGAGGGCCAGGCAUGCACAUUUGCAGAUAUUGCAGUAUCGUAUCGGGUCUACAUUCUCGACGACCUCCUUGCAGAACCGCAAGAGAUUGUCCAUGAUUGGAGCCGGAACCUUUUAUACAUCAGUCAACGACAUCGGCAGGGCCAUAGUUUUGCGCCUAUUGAGAUGUCUAACGAAAUUUUUAUUUUCGACAUUUCAAUUGGUGACAUUAUCGGUUCAAUCGAUAUUACCCCGUAUACCGGGCCACACUGCAUGGAGCUAGAUGCGUCAUGUAGCUAUAUCCAUGCUUACGUCAACGGAGGGACUAUUUGGAUCGAUCUCGAGUCUAGAAUAGUCACUAACUUCGAACCGACGCAGACCAGGAGGCGCGGAGAGAGGACCACCGAAGACUUUAUUGCUGAAGUUGAUCUCAGGUCCGGUAAGAUGCGACAGAGGAUCAACGUUCCAGAAAGCGACAGAAACUCUAGCGAUGGGCAACAUGUCACCUUCUCUACCCCGGCAAUUCGGUUCGCAAGUCGGUCAUCAAGUAGUAGACUACCUGUUAUAGAUGUUUCGAACGAUCAUGUUGUCAAUGCUAUUAAAACUAAGUUCCCGGUGAAAGCGAUCUACGUCACAUCGAGGAACAUUAUGCUAGUUUGAGGGAAUACAUAAAACAUAUUCAUGCCAGAAAUGAACACCUGCCGAAACUAUGAUGGAAAAUAGGAGCUGGAAUUAGAGCUAGGAUCAGGAGUUAGGAGCUAUAGAUUUAGUCUAUGCUGAUAUGGAGAGAUGGAGUUUUUCAAUGAUUUGUAAUAGACUGCUUAAAGUAUAACUACAGCAAUGUAACGUUUUCCUUCUGUAUCUUAACUACGUGUUUUGAAUAGUUGUAUAUGAGUAAUGCUGCCUGUUUUAGGUCUAUUAAGAUAAUUAUAACAGGCCAUGAC